UUGUGAUUAUCGGAUUCCUAUGAGGAUGAAAACUGUAUUUUUUGAAUUGCUUUUCGCUUGAUCAUUUAUAAAUUGUAAACUUACUGCUAUCUGUCGUAUAAUUGUUCUGUAAAACUUAUUUUUAAUUUGGUCGUUUGAUUUGAUCGUCUUUAUGUAUUUCUUGGAUUUAUUUUGAGUCUCAUAAAUAUUAUGUUGUAGGAUUGAAAAUCAGUUGUCAAAUAGGCGAUGGAUACAAGUAAUUGGAGGCCUAAUCAAGGUGGAACUGGUGGUGGUGAUUCCUCCAUGGAAUCUGUCGACUGGAGGACUCAGUUACCAGCAGAUACGCGCCAUAAAAUUGUCAACAAGAUAUUGGAUAACUUGAAGAAGCAUCUUGCAUUUUCUGGACAGGAGAAGCUACAUGAAAUUAAGAAUAUUGCUCUGAGGUUUGAGGAGAAGAUUUAUCAUGGAGCAACAAGCCAUUCUGAUUAUAUGCGGAAAAUAUCUAUCAAGCUGCUUGCCAUGGAGAAUAGAGCAGCAAAUCCUAUUGCCAAUUCUUUGCAGUCCAACUCUGCCGGUAAUAGUGCAAACCCCUCUGAUCCAGGCUCUCAGGGCAUGCAGCAAGUCAACAACCAAGGCCAAUCACUUAAUCAUCCUCAAGCAGGUCAGCAGAUCUUACCUCCGAGCAUUCACAAUAAUAUUGCUUCAUCUGGAGGACAAGGUUCUGCUGGUAUAUCAUCUGCAUUACAACCUGGCAGUAGCUUAUCACAGUCUACCAUGCCAAUUAUUUCCGGCCAAAAUUCAGGCUUGCAGAACAUUCAAAAUAUUUCUAGGGUUCAACCAAAUUCUGUAGGAAAUAGUAUGGGGCAAGGGAUACCUUCCAACAAUUUUGUAAGUCAAAGGCAGAUACCAGGAAGGCAACAACUUGCUCCCCAACCGCAACAGCAGCCUCAAAACUCGCAGCAUUAUCUUUAUCAGCAGCAGUUACAUCAAAUUGCAAAGCAAAAGCUCCAGCAGAAUAGUAGUACAACCUCAGUGCAAUCACACAUGCAACAACAGCAUCAGAACUUGUUGCAGCCAAGUCAUUUCCAACCAUCUCAACAAUCCGUUAUGCAACCUACAAUGUUGCAACCAUCUUCUCUCUCUACCGUUCAACAAAAUCAGCAACCUAUUGAUCCUCAAUCAGCACAACCUGUGAUGCAACACCAUCAACAAACAGUCCUAAGACAACAAAGGCAGCAGCAACAAGCAUCCAUUGUCCACCAGCAGCAAGUAUUGUCAACACAGCAGCAGCAGCAGCAACCAAAUACGAUGGGCCAGCAGACAAGUGCAAUAAACUUGCAGCACAACCAGCUCAUAGGACAGCAAAGUAGCUAUUCUGAAAUGCAGCAGCAACAGCAGUCUAGGUUGCUGGGCCAGCAGAGUAAUAUUUCUAAUGUGCAGAAGUUGCAGCAUCACUCAAUUGGUCAACAUAACAACUUCUCUGCUGUGCAUCAGCAACAGUUGGGCCCUCAAAGUAGUUCCACAGGUCAGCAACAACAGCAGCACCAGUUAUUUGGAACUCAAUCUGGUAGCACCACCAUGGUGAACAAUCAACAUUCAGCACACCUGCUGCAGUCUAAGGUCUCGAUUCCACAACAGAAUCAGCCAACACAAGGCCAACGGUCACAACCAGAAUUACAGCAGCAGGUGAUGCCACAAUUACAAACACAGUCAGGUCAGUUGCAGCACCAAUUAAAUACGAAACUGCAGCCAAACUUGUCACAAUGGGAUAUGCAACAGAGGCUUCCAACAUCAGGUGCAUUUCAGCAGCAAAAUGUAAUAGAUCAGCAGAAACAGCUAUUCCAACAACAGAGAGCUAUGCCAGAGGCUUCAUCAACAUCAUCAGAUUCCACAGCUCAGACAGGAAAUCCAAAUGGUGGAGAUUGGCAAGAGGAGGUGUAUCAAAAGUUGAAAGCUAUGAAGGAUAAGUAUAUGCCAGAGUUGAAUGACAUGUAUCAGAAAAUCAUAGGCAAAUUGCAGCAGCAUGAUUCGCUUCCUCAGCAACCAAAGGGUGAGCAAGUUGAGAAGCUGAAAAUGAUUAAGCAUGUAUUGGAGCGUUGCAUGGCAUUCGUACAAGUUCCCAAAAGCAACAUAACUCCCAACUACAAAGAAAAGCUUGGUAUAUAUGAGAAGCAGAUUGUUAAUAUCAUAAGCACACAUAAGCGGAAACCUGGGGUCCCACCACAGCAAGCACAACCACUUCCUCCACCACAUAUUCAUUUGACACAAGAAAAUCAGAUGAACCCCCAGAUGCAGUCGAUGAACUUACAGAAUAAUAUGGGUAGUUUGCAGCAUAAUUCUGUCCUUCCUUCAAAUGCACAGCAGAACAUGAUGAGUGCAACACAGCCUACUUCCAAUCUUGACCCAGGACAGAAUAGCACAAUGAACUCGUUAAACAUAAAUCCUUUGUCAUCUCAAGGAGGGAUGGGUAUGCUGCAGCCAAAUUCCAGCAUACUUCAACAUCAGCAAUUGAAGCAACUUCCAUAUCGCCAAAUGCAGCAACAAUAUCUACAUAAACAACAACUAAUUCAGCAGCAGCAUCAAUUUCAGCGACAAACAAAACAGCAGCAACAAAAUGGGCAGUUGCAUAUGAACCAACUACCUCAGCUGCAGCCGAUAAAUGACGGUAAUGAGUUGAAACUAAGACAGCAGAUUGGAGUGAAGCCAGAACCUUUGCAGCAACAGCAAGUAGCAUCCCAGCGCCCAGCUUAUCACCAACAGUUGAAGUCAGGAGCUCCAUUUUCACCUCAACUGCUUUCGGCUUCUUCUCCACUGACUCCCCAGCAUUCAUCUCCUCAAAUUGACCAGCAAAACUUGUUGAAUUCUCUUACUAAAUCUGGUACACCUUUGCAAUCUGCAAAUUCACCAUUUAUUGUGUCAUCUCCAUCAACUACCUCUACGUCUCAUAUGCCGGGAGAGUCUGAGAAAGUUAAUUCUGGUGUGUCGUCACUUUCUAACGCUGGGAAUAUUGGACAUCAACCAACUGGUGCAGUGUUACCUACCCAGUCUCUCGCUAUUGGCACACCUGGAAUAUCAGCCUCGCCUUUGCUUGCAGAGUUCACAAGUCCAGAUGGAAAUCAUGGAAAUGGGGCAUCAGUUGUUUCCACAAAAUCAAGUGCUAUAGAACAGCCCAUAGAGCACUUACUCAAAGUGGUAAAGUCAAUCUCACCAAAAUCCUUGAGUGCCUCAGUUAGCGACAUUGGUUCGGUUGUUAGUAUGAUUGAUAGAAUUGCAGGAUCGGCACCAGGUAAUGGAUCAAGAGCAGCAGUUGGGGAGGACUUGGUUGCCAUGACAAAAUUGCAUCUUCAAGCAAGAACUUCCGGCACCCCAAAUGGAACAAGGAAAAUGAAACGCUUUACAAGUGCAAUCCCCUUAAAUGGUGUAUCAUCUGCUAACAGUGUAAAUGAUAGCUUUAAGCAUUUUAACUUUGUGGAGGCUUCAGAGUUGGAAUCUACUGCAACUUCUACUAUAAAAAGGCCCCGGAUUGAGAGGAGGCAUCCCCUAUUGGAAGAAAUAAGAGAUAUAAAUCUGGGACUCAUAGAUACUGUGGUAGAUAUCAGCAAGGAAGAUGCUGAUUCGGCAGAAGGUGGUAAAGGAACCAUUGUUAAGUGCUCAUUUAUUGCGGUAGCUCUUGCUCCAAAUCUCAAGUCACAAUAUGAUUCACCACGAAUGUCACCUAUACAACCAUUGCGAUUGCUUGUUCCUGCAAAUUAUCCAAAUUGCUCCCCAAUACUCUUGGAUAAGUUUCCAGCUGACAUCAGCAAGGAAUACGAGGACCUUUCUGUAAAAGCACAGUGGCGGUUCGGUAGUUGUGUUAGGCAGCUUUCGGAACCCAUGUCGCUUGAGGAGAUGGUACGGACUUGGGAUGUUUGUGCUCGUACGGUUAUUUCCGAGUACGCGCAGCAAAGUGAUGGUGGUACCUUCUCUACAAAAUAUGGAGCCUGGGAGGAUUGCCUCACCCUCACUGGUACUGCUGCAUGAACUUACUUAUACAUUUUGUGUUAAAUAUAAGUAACACACAUUAUGCUUUUUUGUUAUAUACAUAUGCAUAUAGAAACAUUCAAUGUCAAUAUUAUAUGUUCCUAAGCAUGAAGUAUGGAGAAAACAAGGUUUCAGAGGUU